GGCGGAGGAGGCAGUGGUGGGGGUCCUCCCAUGUCAGGAGGUAAUAAGCAGCCUAUCGCAUCCAUGCGGAUGAGAAUGGAUGACUACAGACCACCACGUGCAGAGAGACUCCUCAGAGACCCAAAAGAAGAUUGUGGGGUUGGUGGUGGUGGGAUAGAUCGAGGUCCCAUUGAACAAGUCGUUGUGCGUGCGCGGCGCGAGGCUUCCACCCGCACCAAGGACACUUUCUGGACCAAGAAAUUGCUCGAUGCCGAAGCUUCGCAACCAAACAGAUGGGCACACACCGGCUUCAAGGAGCUCUACCGCGAUGAGCUCGGCUACAGUGAUGUAGGGGAAGCAAGUGGGGAUGAGAAGGGCAGGGAGAGCCGGGCUUCUUCUCGUCCCCGUGACCCUAGGGAUCCUAGGGACCCCAGGGAUCCCGCUGCCAUUCCUCCACGGAAGAUUGGCGGCUCUCCAUCCCGGCCCAGGUCUCCACGUGACCCCAGGCGAAGAACAAGAAGCCGCUCCCCGCACUCCAUCAGACACUCGCCCAGACGCUCGCCACUCCGGCCCGCCCAGAGGUCCCCGCGCCACUCGCCCCGACGAUCUCCCAGGCGCUCUCCGAAGCCGCUGUCGAGGGUCAAGAGGCGCCCGGGAUCUCACUCUCCCACAAGGCCCCGCGUCCACAAGCGUUCGUACUCGAGCAGUUACUCCAGGUCGUCUUCGAGUAGCAGCGGUUCGUCCUAUUCGAGGAGCUAUUCGUCCUAUUCUCGAUCGUCGUCGGGCUCGUCGUCAUCCUCUUUCUCCAGUUCUUCGUCGAGCACUUCGGGGUCGAGGCGCAGGCACUCGUACUCGCCGCCGCCCAGGAGACCGCGGUCGUACUCGGGGUCGCCACACCGAGGGAGGAUCCCCAGGAGGCAGCCGCCGCCAGCCUCGCCUCCCUCGCAGGUUCGGAUCAAGCAGGUGUCGCACCAGGAAACUACCAAGAAGCUCGUAACGAAGACAGUCAGCAACGUGGUGAUGACCAAAACCAGAACCGUGCCCAAGGUCGCGAAGCUGAAAACGAAAGUCAAGCCAAAGGACAUAGAAGGGGCAGUAAGGCGGAAGCCCAGGCUACCGGCCCCGCCAGCCGCAGGCACCUAUUACAACGAUGAUAGUGUGGUGGUGGUCAAGGAGCCAGGCGAUUACCGCAGCGGUCCUGGCACGCCUCCCAGGGGCACCACGGAGGGCCGGCACCUGCUGGAUCCUCACCACUACAAGGUGGUUCCCCCCGACCACCCCGACUACCACCAGCCGCCGCCGCCUCCAAGAGAAUCUCCAAAGUCUGAAGGCGAAGACACAGAUUCAGAUUCCUCGUCCGAUGACGACGACGGGCCGCGGCGCAUGACCUUGUCCGAGAGAUUUGGGAAGCUGGCACAGCUCAGUUCACAGAGGCAGGAAUACGAAGGUGUCAGAAUGAAAAUCGUUCGUGAAGGCGGCCAGGAUAAGAAAGUGUAUCUCGAAGGAGGCAGAUUGCACUCGAGGUCGCCCUCUCCAGGCAGCCGAGGCCGGGCCACCCACCCAGCCCACGAGCGGUGGCUUCAGGAGCACCAAGCGGAGUACAGAGAGUACCAGGAGCGCUACGGCGAGAUCCGGCAGUGGGACCCGCACCGCGACCUGCCUCGAGAACUGCCGCAGAACUGGGACGACGUCCACGUCAGAUACCGCUACUACAAGGAAUCCGGCUACUUCGGCGACAGGUCGAUUACGCUCGACGACUACUUGAAGUGGGAGCAGUGGUGGUACCAUUACCGCGACUGGCUGGAGAAGUACGGCGGAACACAGGAGUCCGAGGAGAGGGACUGGCAGUACAGGGCGUCGAGUUACGAGUAUGAGGUUCGAGGGGGAACUUCGUCAAGUCAGGGGGGCAGGUGGCCGCGUCGGGAACCGUCAAGAGAAGCCGAUGACAGGAAGAGGAGAAGAUACUAAACGGUUUCCUAGGUUCUGAAAAUUGCCUGUUCCACUAUGGGUAUUCUAUGCUCUGUAAUUUUACUGCCGUAAGUUAUCAAAAUAUGUAUUUACUUUUAAUAUACUAAUAUGCAUAAGCAGUAUAUAUAUAUAUACCACUAAGGUAUUUUAUAUUAUAUGUAAAAGAGAUGUUUAUUUAAACUUUCCAGAUGCGGUCACUUGAAAUACCCUUCUUGGGCAGUUGAAUAGGUAUUGUUAGCUUUGCACCCAAACAAAUAAUGUGGAAAACAAAGGAUAAAUAUUUCCACCGUGAUAAGUAUAACAAGUGAUUUAAAUGAUAGCUGCCAUUGAUGCAACAACAGGUUUUUAAGCGAGGCAGACUUUCAUGCAGCUCUUGGAUCUAGGGACCACAUCAUCAAUGUGUGCAUGAACAGUGAUGGCGUAGAAAGACAGCUUAGCUUUCGUCGUAAUUGGAAGCUGUUGCUCGACAUUGAACGGCAACCGAUUUUAUCUUCAACACUUCGGAAAUAAAGAAUUUGCUUUUAGCUACUGCCCUGCAUAGCUUUGUAAUAUAUAUUGUAGAAUAUUUUAGAAAACAAGCUUUAUUGUCAAGAUCACCGUUGUUUGAUCUUAGGAAUGACAUUGUCUCUUUUUACAACCGAAGGAUAUUAAAGUGCAAACUUUUCUAUGUAUUACCCGUCCCAUUAAUAUUAUAUAGGCGAAAGAAACAAAUAUCCAUUUUACAGUUAACUUUUGCAUCCAACAGUAUAAAGCUUAGAUCAGGAUAUUGCAGCAUUUCUGUUCCAAAUUUGCUUUUUGUUGAUAUACUGUAUUUUAUAAUUAUAUGUAUACAGAUUUGUGCUCUUCAAUACUGGAAAACUAUUGAAGUUUAGCAAACAGCAUUACAAAGAAUGCUUGACUCUUCUUGAAACAUUCAGAGCAGUUUGAAACUGGAAGACAAAGACAAAUCAGGGGAAAGUAUUUUAUUUUGAAAUGUUUUGUUGCUUUUUUUUCAACGUAUCUUUUUUUUUUAUAUCAUACCAGCUUCUGAGAAAUCUCUGACCAAUUGGAAUGAUAUCAAAUUGAGAUUUAUAUAUAUGUAAUGAGAACAGGAAAAAAAUCUUUCAGUGACAACAGUGUUUGUGUGGGGGAAUUGAUUCUGAGAAGCCGUGAUAUUAUUGAUUGCUAAUGCAUAUUUUGUCUUAAUUUAAGAACUGUUUCUAAACUGUCAUAUUCAAGUUUGUUACAAUGAAAUUGCCUUAACCACUUAUUGAACAAUGACAGGAGACGUUACAUAUUACAUACAAAAAAAAACAUAAAAGUGAUAUCUGUGUGUUUGCAACAGUAUGGAUGUGCGCUUCUCAAUGAAACUCUUUAUAAACUCACAAUAACUGUUCCAUAACUCACAAAUCCUUCACUAUACAGGCAGGGAAAAGGAUGUCUUCCACAAACACUAGCAGUCUACGUAUACAUUGAAGGAUGAAAAUGAGCAAUUCGUAAUGAUACUGUUUCAUAUUAAACUUCUUGUUUUUUUUUUGCAAUAUGUAUUUAUUUAUGUAUGAUAGAAACGAGUAAUGCUUUCGAAGCAUUGCGUUUUAGAGAUGAUGAAAUAAAUGUCGUGAUAUUUAUUGUACUUGCUGUAUGACCUGUAUGAUAUAAAAAUUUUCUUCUCCAUAUAAA